AUGAUACAUACCAAUAAGCAUUCUAAAAAAGCUAGAAAGUCAAAGAACAGUGAUGAUUUCACUGAACCUAAUCUAAAAUUAUUACUAGAACGUUUCCCCUACACCAUAAGAGAUUUUCAAUUUAAAGAUGUUCCUGUACUCCUCAUAGAUCAAACCUUUUUCAAUGAUCCAUUCGGAAUUGUAAAACUGAUUCCACCACCAGAUCUAGUGGUUCCAAACCAGAAAUUUUUCUCUCAGUUAGGGUCUAGACUCUAGGGCAAGAGAAUUCAAACUCGUAUCUAAACACUAAACAAUAAAAGGGCUGGAGAGGUAUUUUCGUGUUUUAGAGUAGACUUUUUUGGAUCUAACACUAAAGGCUUCACAGUGUAGGAGUAUAUGAAUCUUGCUAAUAAGUUUGAUUGUGCUCAUAGAUUACAAGGAGUGAGAGAAGUUUCUAAUCAAAUUCGAUAGAACGAGAUAGAGUUCUGUAUUGAGGUCGAAUAUGCAGAAGAUCUUUUGGCAUCCAAAUAUACCACAGGCUAUUAGGAGGGGUAGAUAGGCAAUCCUAAUGGUAUAAAAAAAAACUUGAAUUCUAUUAUUUAAGUACUUCAGGAAAAGAAUGAAAUCAAUGGAAUCUCAGUGUUUUGGUUGUAUUUGGGCAUUAAAUAUGCUAACUUCUGUUGGCAUAAAGAGAAUCUUAAUUUAUAUUCAGUGAACUAUAUGCAUGCAGGAGCUGCAAAGACACGUUUCCCCUUGGAAUGGUUGCUGUGUAAGGUAGCCUUGAUGGCUGAAUAGAUUGGGUUCACAAAAUAAACAUGGUAAAAAUUGUAUGAAAAAUUCAAACAAAUGAUGGAUUUAGAAAUUAGCAAACGUAAUUUUAUACUAAAUUUGUAUGAUCAGGUAAAAACUAUUUAAUUUGCUAAUUAGUAGGAGAAGUAUGAUAGAAGUGUUUGCAAGAUCUGUUCCAAUUAUAUGUUUUUAAGUUAUGUUUUUGCUGGAAAUAAUAUAAUCCUUAAUUUUACUGGAUGUUUAAAGAAGGGAUGUAUCAGUCACAAAAUGCAUUUGUGCUUGCAGUAUCUCUCUAUAUUCGAUACAAUAGUAAAGAACUGCAGGGGAUGCUGGCUUUGUUAGAGUCCAAAAUCAGAACAACGGGGUCGUGAUUUAAUACUUUUUAUAUUAUAUUUUAACAGAAAAUAGGGAAUAAAAUUAACAAUAAAAAAAAUAACAAAUUGCCUGUGCAUGUCUGAAAUUGAUAAUACCUCUCAAGAGAAUACUCUUGAACUACCUAAAUUUGAGGAAACCCUCCCUGAUUUUAAACCUGAACCUCGUAAAGAUCUCAAGUAUGAAAUCAAACAUGAACCCAAAUCCUCAUUUGGUCAAUCAUCCAAAGACCUCAUUGAAUAAUACAAAAGUAAAUUUAAUGCCUUCAAACAAUUGUCGGAUGAUCAACAACCAUUAGCCAUGGAACCAUCAGUCAUUGAAAAAUCUGAAAAAUCUGACAUCUGGAGAAGCGAUGCUGAAAUUCUCAAAUCUCCCAAAGAAUGGGAUUGGAAUAUAUUGGGAUCCAAAAAGGCUUCAACAACCAAUAAUUAAAUUCAAUUUGAUGUCCAUGUACCAGAUCCUAUGGUAAGUGAAUAGGAACACAAAGCAUAAAUUGCCUAACAUAGACAAAUGAUUUUGGGUGUAUUAGACCAGAGAAUUGAGCCAGGUUUAAAAUUGCCAUAAUCUCAUUAACCUUAGAAGCCAAUUGUUGGUGAGUAAUAACAUUCCAAUUAUUAAAACAUUUUGGAAAAGUUCAGAAGUGCUUCAUCCUUGGAUGAUUUGACAACAUUAUUCAAUACUGUUUAAUAAAGAAAGGUAGUCGACUAAGCAGCUCCUUAAUAAUAGUAGUAAGAGGAUCUGUUCUCUAAUCUUGAUAUCAGAAGAAACAAGAAGGCUGAGACUCAAAUUCAAUAGUACAAGACACCUAGUAAAUCAUAAGAGGAGAUCUUUGAAUACGGUUCAGGUAACAGAACAACCUCAUUCUUCUAAAAGAAACCAUCAGCCUAAAAGCAGCCACUCUAAAGUCCAAGUUUGGGCAAUCAUUUCAACUAUAGAUCUGAUUAAUCAGUAACUUCGAAGGUCACUUAAAAUAUGAACUUCUAAGUUGAUGUCAAGGAUCAUAGUAAGACCAGUAAGAGAAAGGAAGAACUUCAAAGCUUCAUGGGUAAAUUAGGUUUAGGUAAAUACGACACUCCUAAGGUGGUGAUCAAUUUGGAGAGUAAUGCUCAGAGCAAUUCCACAAUAGACAGAAUGAGACAGUAUGUAAAUGGAACUCCAAUUAGUGCGAGAAAGAGUGGAGGAGGUUUAGGUGAUUUGAUAAAUGAGCGAUCUCUGAAUACUACAACAUUCAAGUAGUAGAUAAAAUCAUAUCACAAAUCUGGUUCAAAAUAGGAUGCAUAAGGAAGAAUGAGUGCAGAUACUCAAAACUUGUCAGAAUAAUCACUUAGAAAUUUGCAUCUGAAAUUGGUACACCAAUAGAAGAAUGGAAUUGGAAAUUCUGGAUUAAAAUAUGCCAGAUGUUGA